ACGGAUCAAUCAGGAUUUUAGGCUCUUUGGGCCAUAGACUUUCUAUGCUUUCAAAAGCAGCCAUAGAGGCUACUGAACAUACACAUAUAUAUUCUAAAUCAGUGCUACACACACACACGUACAAAAUCACAAAAGCUGGGUCCCCUCUCAGAGACUCACGAUCACACAGCGGUCACUGCACGCGGCAGCACAGCACGCGGCAGCACAGCGCGCACCGGCGCCGCUCGCUCGUGCACUUUCAGAGGACGCGCAGCCGCGGAAUCACGGAAACGGGCCGCAGGGUCUCCCGGAAAAUGGAGUCUCGGAGCUAGAAAGGGGCCGCGCAGAAGACUCUGGGGCUUCUCGGCCAACAAAGGCGCAAGUGAGAUUCCUCUCCUGGCCUGGAGGAACAUUCCUCCGCCUGACUCCCGAAUCAGUUCGUCUCCGGGAAAGACAGAUCGGAGGCAGCACGACCCAAGUUCUCGGCCCCUCACGCCUGGGCGUGGCCACUCCGAGCCGCGCUGCGCCCCGGAGGCUUCUGGGAGUUGCGCACUGAACUCGCAGUGCGCACGCGCGAAUGUGCGCUUCAGCGUCCGCCAGUGACUCUGGCUCUAAAUCUCGGAGAAUCCCGGCGCACGGGGGAGAGUGCUGCGGCCAGAAGCCCCCGAACGGGAACGCGCAGGCAUGGAAGCCGAGGAGAGCGGCUAACUGCGGAGGAGCUGAGUUCCUCAAAGAAAGUUACUUGUGGACAAGAAUUGUGCUUCUUCAAUUUGGGGUGCGUGGCUGAGCACAAAUAGCUAUGAGAAACCACAGAGUGGAUGUGAUGCCACUUCCAGGAGCAACCUGUUUUACUUGAGGAAUCAGAAGGGAAAAGCCAAGCAAUGUACUAAUCUGUACCCCUGCCACAGCGUGCUGCCGCCCCCAGAUGCGGACCCUCAUCAGGGAGCAGAGGAUGCCUGCUGUACGAGGGAAGCCCAAAUCCAAGGCGUCAGUGACAUUUGCAGAUUUGGCUGUCUACUUCUCCCAGGAGGAGUGGGAAGGGCUGAGCCCCAUACAGAAGGACUUGUAUGAAGAUGUCAUGUUGGAGACCUACCAGAACCUGGUGUCUGUCGGACUUUCCUGUCGAUGUAUUUCAGACUCAGGGGCUAAAUGCGAGAUGAAGAAAUUACCUCCAAAUCAUUGCAAAAAAUCUGGGCAAAGCAUCUAUCAGAAAACAGUUUCUGCCCCACAAAAAGGUCCCACAGGAAAAAGAAGCCGCAAAAAAAAUUCAGUCCUAAUAAAACCCAAGAAAGUACAUUCAGGAAAGAAACCUUUUAAAUGUAAUGACUGUGGGAAAAUCUUUAGUCAGAGGUUAUCUCUUAAACUUCAUCAGAGCUCUCAUACUGAAGAGAAGCCUUAUGAGUGUAGUAAUUGUAGAAAAGCUUUCAUACAAGUCUCAUCGCUCAUUCUUCAUCAGAGAAUUCACAAUGGAAGGAAAAACCAUAAAUGUGAUAAAUGUGGAGAAAGCUUCAUUCAAAGAACAACCCUUAUUCUACAUGAGAAAAUUCAUAAUGGAAAGGAAACCUUUGACUGUGAGAAGGCCUUAUGUCAGAACUCAUCUCCCAAAAUACAUCAGAAAAUUCACCUUGUUGAGAAUGCCCACCAGUGCAGAAAAUGUGGGAAAGCCUUCACUCGAAUAUCAUCCCUUUUAGUUCAUAAGAAAAUUCACAAUAGAAAAAAAGUACAUGAAUGCAGUAAACGUGGGAGAGGCUUCAGUAAGAAAUCAGUCCUUGUCAUACAUAAGAGAAUUCAUAUUGGAGAGAAAACCCAUGAAAGUCAGAAGGCCUUAAGUCAGCAGAAAAAGAACCAUUUAGAGAAUCCUUAUAAAUGCAGAAAAUGUGGGAAAUCCUUUAAUAAGAUUUCAUCUAUUAUUCUUCAUCAGAGAAUUCACACUUCCAAGAAACUCAAUAAAUGUGAUAAAUGUGAGAAGGUCUUCAGGCGGCUUUCAGCCCUUAUUCUGCAUGUGAGAAUUCACAGUGGAGAGAAUCUGUACAGAUGCAAUAAAUGUGAGAAGGUCUGUAAUCGGCAUUCAUCCCUUCUUCAACAUCAGAAAGUUCAUACAAAGAAAAAGAAACUGUUUGAAUGUAAGGAGUGUGGGAAGAUGUUUUCUGGAACUGCCAACCUUAAAAUACAUCAGAACAUUCAUUCUGAAGAGAAACCUUUCAAAUGCAAUAAAUGUGGUAAAGUUUUUGGCCGCCAGUCAUUUCUUAUUGAGCAUCAGAGAAUUCAUACUGGAGAAAAACCCUAUCAGUGUGAGGAAUGUGGGAAAGCCUUCAGUCAUCGAAUAUCUCUUACUCGACAUAAGAGAAUUCAUACUGAAGACAGACCAUAUGAAUGUGAUCAGUGUGGGAAGGCUUUCAGUCAGAGUGCACACCUUGCCCAACAUGAAAGAAUUCACACUGGAGAGAGACCAUAUACAUGCAAAACAUGUGGGAAGGCCUUCAGUCAACGCACAUCCCUUAUUCUACAUGAAAGAAGUCAUACUGGAGAGAAACCCUAUGAAUGUAACGAGUGUGGGAAGGCAUUUAGCAGUGGGUCGGAUCUUAUCCGGCACCAGAGAAGCCAUUCUUCAGAGAAACCAUAUGAAUGUAGUAAAUGUGGGAAGGCAUAUAGUCGGAGCUCAUCCCUGAUUCGACAUCAGAAUACACAUUCCGAAGAAAAAGCCUAAAGUUGUUAUAAAAGCAAAGACUGAAGCAUCGAAGUAGAGACAGAGGCAUGGGAAAAAGGCAUUUGUCUCUAACAUACAUUUUGUAAAAAUGGGACCAUUUGAUGAUGUGUCCCUCUUUGAAAGCCAAAGAGCAAAAGUCCUUGGUGACUUUUGACUUGAGAAUUUGAAAUUAACUGAGGUGGUGACCUUAUCAUAGGUCUUAAUAAAGUUCAGAUGAUUGGAUCAGUUGUUUUAAAUGAAGACCAUUCUUCAUAAGAAUCACUGAUAUUUUAUUUCCAAUGCAGUUUUAAAGCUAUUUCAUUGGUUGCUUACAAUAAAGUAUAAUUCUAAAGUG